AUGGGGGUAUUGGGUACAGGAGACGAUUUCCCUAGGGGCCCUCAUGCAGCAGGUGCAGCGGCAUCAGCAGCAACAGCAGCAACAGCAGCAGCAGCAGCAGCAGCAGCAGCAUCAGCAAUAGGAGACGAUCCCGGGAUCGAUCGCGGGAUCGAUCCUGGGACCGACGUACCCACGAGGUCCGAUCCCCAAGAAGGCGAUCCCCAAGGAGACGAUCCCCGUAUAAACGGCCCUCCCCUGAGAGACAAGAACCCCACAGAUCCCCGCGGGAUCCACAAAUGCGGAGACGAUCCCAGGAGAGACGAUCCCAGGAUAGACGAUCCCAACACAGGGGCUACUCGCCGUCUUAUAGGCACAAUCCGUCCCCUAGACGAUCCCCAGGACGAUCCCACAGAAUCUCACCGGGGAGGAGACGAUCCCCAGAGAGACGACCCCACAGGAUAUCGCCGGGGCGGAGACGAUCCCCAAGACGAUCCCGAUCCCGAGAUGGCCGCUGGGACACUCAACAGGUCUCAAGAGGAGGUUGGGCGUCUCCAAGAGAACGAUCCCCGGGGAGACGAUCCCCGGGGAGACGAUCCCCGGGGAGACGAUCCACGAUCCCCAUGGAGACGUUCCCCAGAAACCCACCAUGAGGAGCCGCAGCAACAACAGCAGCAGCAGCAGAAACAACCGGAAUGCUCAUCAGCAGCAGCAGCAGUAGCAGCAACUGCAGCAGCUGCUGCGAGGUGGAUCGAGCGAGAGGGGCAAAGGCUUAACUCUAAGGACGUAGCACCUCAGUAUAAGGGCGGCAGCAGCAGCAGCAACAGCAGCAGCAGCAACAACAACAGCAACAGCAGCACCAGCAGCAGUGACAAAGAGUGGGGCAGCACUAGGCGACAGACCUCAUGGCACCCGGAGCAGCUGCAGAGACAGCAGCAGCAGCAGCAACAACAACAAGAUCAGCAGCAACAGCAGCAGCAACAAUCUGCAUCAGCUAAGAGGCUCAACUCGGCGGGAGACACGUCUUGGAGCAGCGGGAUCGCGAAUGCUGCAGCAGCAACAGGUUCAGGAGCAGAAGCAGCAGCAGCAGCAGCAGCAGCAGCAACAGAAACAGCAGCAAAAAGGCAGACAGAGGCCGCCCGCCCCUCCUCAAUUGAGGAAGGAGCAGCAGCACGGCGACACUGGCAGCAGCUAUCGGAUGCGCAGCAGCGUCAACAGCAGCACCAGCAGCAGCAACAAGUGUUGCAGCAGCAGCAGCAAACGCAGCAGCAGCAGCAAUCCCAACUGCGACGAGAACAGCAGCGGCAGCAGCGAGACGCAGGGUUUCCCGCAGCAGGGGAUAUGCAGCAGCGGGCAGUGCAGCAACGGCAACUAGGGAAGCAACAACAACAGCAGCAACAACAGCAGCAGGCGCAGCAGAAGCAGCAGCAGCAGCCGCAAUUGCAGCAGAAGAGAGAUGAAGUGCUGCGGAAGAGGGAAGUGUUGAUGCGUGGAGAGGGUGCAACAGCAGCAACAGCAGCAACAGCUGCUGCUGCUGCUGGAGGUACUGCGGCAGCAGAUGAAGCAGCUACUGCUACCCCUGCAGCAGCAUCUCAGGAAGCAGCAGCAGCAGGGGGGCAGACAGCAGCAACAGCAGCAGCAGCAGCAGCAGCGGCAGGUGGCGAAGAUUUGUGCUGCUUCCACAGAACUCAUGGUAUAAGCAGCAAGGCGUUAUCAGAACCAUCCGCAGCAGCAGCAGCAGCAGCAGCAACAGCAACAGCAGCAGCAGCAGCAGCACGGAGACAGUGCAGUAUUAAACAAAUGCUGAGAAAUACAAACAUAAGGGCGCAGCUGUCUCUCUCUGAUGAGGGUGCAUGCAGCGGCCCUCUUGAUGAGGAUACAGAAGCAGCAGCAGCAGCAGCAGCAACUGCAGCAGCAGCAGCAACCGCAGCAGGAGGGACACUUGAGGAGAUACUUUCUCUCUGUAAUCAAACGCAACAGGCAGCACUCCCACCUGUCCCCUCUGUCUACCCGGAUAUUCCUGCUGCUGCUGCUGCUUCUGAUAAACAAGAUGGCCCUUCUGCUGCUGCUGCUGCAGACAGAGAAGCAGCAGCAGCAACAACAGAGAGCGAGGCAACAGUGAGAGAAAAUGUGGCAGAAGGGGAUGAGCUAUUCGCUGCAGCAGCAGCAGCAUGUAGGCAGCUGCUUGCAGUGCCUGCUGCUGCAGCAACAGCAACAGCAGCAACAGCAGCAGCAGGAUCGAGAUCCAAUACUGCUGCUGGUGCUGCUGCUCCCCUCCCCAACAGCCGCAGCGUGACAGGAGGGAGCGGCAACAAGGGCACAGCAGCAGCAGCAGCCGCAGCAGGGGCUGGCAGCAGCAGCAGCAGUCGCCCCGCAGGAGGAAAGCCGACGCAGGCUGCAGGUUCACCUUCGAGAGCAGCAAACGCAGCAACAAGUGCAGCACCAACUGCUGCUGCUGCUGCUGCUGCUCGGUUGGUGCGUGCUCUUGCAGCAAAUGCUGGUGUUGCUGCUGCUGCUGCUGCGCUGCACCCCGAAGCAGCAACGGAAGAAGCAGCAGCAGCAAUAGCCUCUGCUGCAUUAAAGGGAGUCUUUGCUCCUCGUUGCAGGUACACCCAACAGAAGCAGCAGCAACGAAAGCAGCAGCAGCAACAACGGCAGCAGCAGCAGCAGCAGCAGACCGGAGAAGACAGCAGCAGUUGCCUGUUGCAGUCCAUGCCAAGUAUAGCAAGCGUGCCUUUGUUCUCUGAGCGUAGCCACACAUCCCCCUCAGCAGCAGCAGCAGCAGCAGGAACAGGAGGAGCAGGAGCAGGAGCAGCAGCAGCAGCAGGAGGCCGGCGUCCCCCUAGUGUGUCUCCUGAGGAAGGAGGAGUAUCUAAAUCAUCAUUAGGAGACACAAGAUUUGUAACAGGAGACACGGGAGUUUGCGGUGUAUUUGCUGCUGCGCAUGCAUUUGAAUUAGGAGGUUUUGCUGCUGCAGCAACUUUGCUGCAGCUGCAUCCUUAUGAUGCUGCUGUUGCUGCAGCAGCAACAGCAAAUGGUGAUCUAUUUCUUCUUGAUCUAGCAGGUCUCCGUAUCCGUUCCCUGUUACUCCCUCCCCCCCGCAGCACCACCUCUACCACCAACAACAAGUGCAGCAGCAGCAGCAGCAGCAGCAGCAGCAGCUUAGCCUGGUUUGCUGCUCAAGUGUGUAUGUCUGCUUCGUCAUCUGAAUCUUUUAUAAAUUUUUGGGAUCUUCGUCUCCCCCCUCGGGAUCGACUCGAUCCCAUCGAUCCCACCGAUCCCAGCGCCUGGUGGUGGGGUGGGGGGAGCAGCAGCAGCAGCAGCAGCAGCAGCAAAAAUGGUGUCUUAUCUUCUUUACGAUUUGAGGAUGGUAUCUCUGCUGUUGCUGUCUCUCCUGAUGAAUCCUGUCUUGCUGCAGCAACACUAGGAGGAGAUGUAGCGAUACUAUCAUUACCUAUAUCUAUGAAUCCUUGUCUUCUGUCUCACCCUGUAUGUGAGUUAUGGGACUUACAUGAUACAAGUUAUAGAGCACAGAUGUCUGUAUGGGGAUCGUCUUGGGAUCGUCUCCGUCCCUACCCCACACCUCCAGGGAGGAGGAGACGAUCCCAAGACGAUCCCCAUAAAGAGAAAUCGUCUCCCCUCUUCUCCCUCCCUAACUGUCUCUUCCCUCAAAUUCUAGCUGUCCAAACCAGCAGCAGCAGCAACAGCAGCAGCAACAGCAGCAGCAGCAGCGGCAGCAGCAACAGCAGCAGCAAUCCUUACCGUAUUUUCCUUAAUACAGCAUUUGCUGAUGAGGCAGAAGACAGCACUGCUGCAGCAAAGGAGACACCUUAUGACAGCCCAACAGCUCCUACUGCAGCAGCAGCAGCAGCAACAGCAGCAGCUCCUACUGCAUCUUCUGCUGGAUCUGUCUCUGCAGUAUCGCCACCAUCAACAGCAGCAGCAGCAGCAGCAGCAGCAGCAGAUAAGGAGGCAGCAUUAUUAGAUUGGGCCCAAAGGGAGGCAGCAAUAUGGCAGCUAGAAGACGCAGGUCUUGUCGCCAUCUAG